UAGUCUUUUGAUACAUUCUCUUUUUUCAAAGAGAACCAAAAAACCAAGGUAAUUGAUCAACUUGUCGUUUAGAAGCUGUUGGCCACAAAGCUGUCUCAAGUUUCAUCGUAAAUGACAGAACCAACGCCUCUGAGGUAUGCAGUUGUAACAGGUGGAAACAAGGGGAUUGGGUUGGGAAUAUGCAGGGAGUUGGCCUCAAAAGGAGUGAUGGUAGUGCUAACUGCUAGAGAUGAGAAGAAGGGUCUUGAAGCUGUUGAACAGCUUAUCAAAGAGUCUGCUUCACUCUCUGGUCAUUUGGUAUUUCAUCAGCUUGAUGUGGUUGACCCUCUUAGUGUCACUUCUCUCGCAGAUUUCAUUCAAACCAAGUUCGGGAAACUUGAUAUUUUGGUCAACAACGCAGGGAUCAUUGGAGCUAUAAUAGAUGGUGAUGCAUUAGCAGUGUUAGGAGUUGGUAAGGAAGAUGUCAAGGUCAAUUGGAGUACUGAAACUAAUGAGUUAGCCGAAGAGUGCUUGAAAACAAACUACCACGGCGCCAAAAGAAUGAUUGAAGCACUUCUUCCCCUUCUUCAGCUAUCCAAUUCACCAAGGAUCGUUAAUGUUUCCUCUUCGAUUGGGCAAUUAAAGCACAUACCAAAUGAACGGGCUAGAGGAGUGUUUGGUGAGAUCGAAAGUCUCACUGAAGAAAGCUUGGAUGAGGUGUUGAGUGAAUUUCUGAAGGAUUUUCAAGAGGGAGAUUUGGAAAACAAAGGCUGGCCAGUUGAUUUGUCUAGCUACACAGUUUCAAAAGCUGCUCUGAAUGCAUACACAAGAAUUGUGGCCAAGAAGUAUCCAUCUUUCCGGGUCAAUUGCGCCUGCCCUGGCUAUGUGAAGACAGAUUUAAACCACAACGUCGGCUACCUAACGAUUGAAGAAGGUGCUGAAGGUCCAGUAAGGUUAGCAUUGCUGCCUGACAACGGUCCAACUGGCAUGUUCUUUUCUCGUAAUGAUGUGAUAACUUUUGAUUAAAAGGUUAUCCAAGUCUACAACCUCAUCAGAAAAUAUGCAGGUUGGUUGCACAUGUGGGCUGUGUAAGUUGUGUGUGCGCCGUCUAGAUCAUAUGUAUAAGACUAUAAGUACUGUGUAUGCCCAAUCAUGAGACUAUAAGAUUUUCAGAUUCUAAACGCGAACUUAAGAUCAACAACAAUCUUAAACCACUUCAA